UUGAUCAAAAUCUCCUCUCUUGUUUUCUCUCACACCAUUCAGCAUUUCCUUCCUUUAUUUUCUGGAAACCGUACCACAGCGAAUAUAUGGAAGCUUAUUCUUCUUCUUCUUCCUCUUCCUCCUCCAUCUCCACUUACUUGUCUCUGAACUCCCAAGAAACAAAGAGGAUGAAACAGCCCUACCCUUCUCAAUCCUCGCUCCAUUCCGUUCGUAAGCAGCAGAUGAAGCCCUGGAAGAAGCCGAUAGCGCCACUGCCGCCCACCCCGCCUAGGGUUUACAAGGUAGAGUCCGCAAACUUCAGGGAAGUGGUCCAACAGCUCACAGGUUCACCAGAGUUCCAGUCUCGGCGCCUCCAGAGCGUGGCACCUCCCCCGCUUAAUCUUAGUCCCGCAGCCCCAUUGGUGGACUCCACUGGCCCUGCGGCGCCGCUGCAGCUGUUUUCUUCUCCGGAGAAGACACCAUUGUCUGCCCUCUACAAAGACUUGAUGAAUGACACAUUGGAGACAAGAGCAGCUCCGAAACUAUGUGACAAUCUAUCGAUAUCAAGUCCGUUGGGGUUCGCCUUCUCUCCAUCUUCUUAUCCGUGGUGCUCUUUCCCUCUUCUGAGUCCAGGAACUCUAUCCGCCUUGGAGCAAAGCACAGUUCUUUAGGUUUACUUUCCGUGAUUUGGGCUGUCCACCAUCCCAAUAGUCCUCUGCAGCAUUUCUCUCAAUUUAAAUUACAAGUUCUUUUCCUUUUUCACUUGAGAUACCAUGGAGCUCAAGGAUGAACGGUUGCCACAUUUUUUCUUUUAUUAUCAGAUUCAAGGUCUAUGUUGGUCAUUAGGUUAUUACAAUCAUGCGAGAAAAUUGUAGAGGAAAUUAAAGUUACAGUCAGGGUUACUACUUUAUGUAAAUUAUCGUUAUUUUCAAAUGAAUGGGUUUCAAUGGCUUGCUUUA